CAAACGGACACUUCCGGGUCAGACAACGUUUCCGCUGUGAGCAGGCGGUCGGCAAGGCUGGCGCGGGAGAGAUUGGUGUGGGGGCGGCGGCAGUGCUGGUAACGAAGAAGCCGUAACUAUGACUGUGGGGAAGAGCAGCAAGAUGCUGCAACACAUCGACUAUCGCAUGAGGUGUAUCCUGCAGGAUGGACGCGUCUUCAUCGGCACUUUCAAGGCCUUUGACAAGCACAUGAAUCUGAUCCUGUGUGAUUGCGAUGAAUUCCGCAAGAUCAAACCCAAGAAUUCAAAGCAGCCGGAACGGGAAGAGAAACGGGUCCUGGGUCUGGUAUUGCUGCGAGGAGAGAACCUGGUGUCUAUGACAGUUGAGGGGCCACCUCCAAAAGAUACUGGCAUUGCCCGGGUGCCUCUAGCUGGAGCUGCAGGAGGACCUGGAGUUGGGAGGGCAGCUGGAAGAGGAGUGCCAGCUGGAGCCCCCAUGCCACAGGCGCCAGCAGGGUUAGCUGGUCCUGUCAGAGGAGUGGGAGGACCAUCCCAACAGGUGAUGACCCCUCAGGGCCGUGGAACAGUUGCUGCUGCUGCUGCUGCAGCCACAGCUAGUAUAGCAGGAGCUCCUACCCAGUAUACACCAGGCCGUGGUGGUCCUCCACCUCCAAUGGGCAGAGGAGCACCUCCUCCAGGAAUGAUGGGACCACCUCCUGGCAUGAGACCACCCAUGGGUCCACCAAUGGGAAUGCCACCUGGCCGAGGUGCACCCAUGGGAAUGCCUCCCCCAGGGAUGAGACCGCCUCCCCCAGGAAUGAGAGGUCCCCCUCCCCCUGGUAUGCGCCCACCUCGACCCUAAGAUGUUCUGUGCUGUUACUGUGGAUUGUGUGGGAGCUGGUGUUAAGUGAAUGGGCUCUAUAUUGCCUCCCUGAACGGCCUAGGAUUCAUUAUGUAUAUUUUUUAUUUACUGGCUGUAAAAUUUGCCCUUUUUAAUAAAGUUAGAAAACUCUC